UGACGCUCGCGCACUUCCCUCCACUCCACGGUUGCCGGGCCCGCCCCGUCCCGCCACCGCGCCCUCUUCCGCUCCCGCAACGGGUGGCCUCCGUUCCGACCCGGAACCCCCCCCCCCCCCCAUUCUCCUCCCCCUCCCGCGCUCGCGCUCCUGCUUCCUUCGCCACCUCCGCCUCACUCCCCCAGCCGAAUUCGAGCCCCUAAUCUCCCCACCGGGCACGCGCGCGCGCAUGGAGCCGGACGACGAGGCGGUGCAGCGGGAGGGCGCCGUCUCGUACGGCCAGCCGGUGCCGCGGGACGCGAAUCACGCGCCCGCGUACACCCGCCACGCCGCGUUGCGUGUGCACGGCUUCGGUGACGACCUCACGGCCUACGCCUCGGCGCAGCGCCACGACCCCGCGCGCUGCGCGUCGUUUCCUCAGCACCAAAGUCACCGCUACGGCGAGCCUACGCACGUCCCCGCGGCCUCCUUCGUAGCAUGGGUUGGCGACGGCGGCGGCUCGGCUUCGGCGACACUGGAGCGGGCCAUGUCUGAGUACGGCAGCGGCGCGGGCGGGGCGCUGCCAGAGUUCGUCGGGGCUGGCGGGGGCGAUGGCAUCUUCCGCAUGCCGCUCCGCGCGGCCAUGCACCCGGGCCGCCCGCCGCCGCUCGAGGUGCGGCCCCACCCGCUGCGGGAGACGCAGGUGGGCUCCUUCCUGCGGACGCUCGCGUGCGACCCGCGGCGCCGCCAGCUGUGGGCGGGCGCCGAGUCCGGGGUCCGGGUGUGGAGGCUCGACGAGGUGUUCGACGGGUGGGGCGCCGGGGCGCGACGCGGCGACGAGGGGAGCGCGCCGUUCAGGGAGUCUGUGCCGGUCCCGCCCGUGCUCUGCGUCGCGGUGGACGGCGCGAGCGGGUUGGUGUGGACGGGGCACAAGGACGGCAGGAUUAGGGCGUGGCGCAUGGACCACGCCACGGCCGCAGGGGAUGGCGGCGGCAAUGCGCCCAUGUUGAAGGAGGCGCUCGCGUGGCAGGCGCACAGCCGCACGCCGGUGCUCGCCAUCGUCGUCACGUCGUACGGUGAAAUAUGGUCAGGAUCCGAAGGGGGUAUCAUAAAGGCAUGGCCGUGGGAUGCCAUUGCUAAGUCCUUAUCACUGACACAAGAAGAAAAACAUAUUGCUGCUUUACUGGUUGAAAGAGCUUAUGUUGACCUUAGGAACCAUGCUACAGUUGGUAACAUGUGCUCUUUGCCCAGUGCUGAUGUGAAACACAUGCUCGCGGACCACUGCCGAGCGAAAGUUUGGAGUCUAACUAGCAUGACAUUUGCUCUUUGGGAUGCUAGGACAAGGGAUCUGUUAAAAGUGUUUGGUAUGGAUAGCCAAGUUGAGUCAGCUCGGCUAGAGACACCAGUGAUGCCAGAACAAUUCAUAGAGGAAGAGAUCAAAGUAAAACCAACAAAGAAGGACAAACCACAAGGUUCUUUCACGUUUUUCCAGAAAUCUAGGAAUGCCUUGAUGGGGGCAGCUGAUGCAGUGCGGAGAGUUGCGACAAAAGGGACAUUAGUCGAGGAUAACCGUCGAACAGAAGCAGUGGCUCAAGCAAUGGAUGGGACAAUUUGGUCAGGUUGCACUAAUGGCUCGAUUAUUAUGUGGGAUGGAAAUGGGAAAAAACUACAAGAAUUCCAGCAUCAUAUCUCUUCUGUUCAAUGCAUAGAGACAUUUGGAGAAAGGGUGUGGGUGGGCUAUGCCAGUGGCACUAUUCAAGUCAUGGAUGUUGAAGGUAACCUUCUGGCAGGAUGGACUGGACAUAGCUGUCCAGUCAUAAAGAUGGCAAUAGGCGGUUCUUACAUCUUUACUCUGGCACAUCAUGGUGGUAUUCGAGGAUGGCCUCUAACUUCCCCGAGCCCCCUUGAUGAUAUUCUACGAACUGAAUUAGCUAACAGGGAGCUGUCAUAUACAAGGCUAGAGAACAUUCAAAUUAUGGUCGGAACAUGGAAUGUUGCGCAGGAGAAAGCUUCUUUUGACUCGCUAUGGUGUUGGUUGGGUAGUGCAUCAUCUGAUGUCGGGUUAGUGGUUGUGGGCUUGCAAGAGGUCGAAAUGGGUGCUGGAGCCCUUGCCAUUGCUGCUGCCAAAGAAAGUGUAGGGCUUGAGGGCAGUACCAAUGGGCAGUGGUGGAUAGACAAUAUUGGCAAGACACUUGAUGAGGGGAUAUCUUUCCACCGAGUUGGUUCGAGGCAGUUGGCUGGAUUACUUAUUGCUGCAUGGGCAAGGAAUGACCUUAAGCCACAUGUUGGUGAUGUUGAUGCUGCUGCAGUUCCUUGUGGCUUUGGACGUGCUAUUGGCAACAAGGGUGGUGUCGGAUUAAGAAUAAGAGUCCAUGAUCGCAGAAUAUGUUUUGUGAACAAUCAUUUUGCUGCACAUCUAGAAAAUGUUAGCCGCCGUAAUGCUGACUUUGACCAUAUUUACCGUACAAUGACUUUUAACAAACCUCAUGGUUCUACAGCUUCUGCUAGAUCUGUACAAUUGCAUAAAGCAGUGAGUCCUAGUGAAAAUCAAACCGAUGAAGAUAGACCAGAGCUGGCAGAAGCUGAUAUGGUUGUCUUUCUUGGUGAUUUCAACUACCGACUUAAUGGCAUCACCUAUGAUGAAGCAAGGGAUAUGGUCUCACAGAGGAGCUUUGACUGGCUUAGAGAAAGGGAUCAACUUCGAGUAGAAAUGAAGGCAGGAAACGUAUUUCAAGGAAUGCGUGAAGGUGCAAUCAGAUUUCCUCCGACUUACAAAUUCCAAAGACACCAGCCGGGUCUAUCAGGGUAUGAUUCAGGCGAGAAGAAGAGAAUACCUGCUUGGUGCGAUAGAAUACUGUAUCGAGAUAGCCGUUCUGUAUCAAUAGCCGGAUGCUCGUUAGAGUCUCCUGUUGUUGCUGCAAUUACAUCGUAUGAAGCUUGCAUGGAUGUCACAGAUAGUGAUCAUAAACCAGUGAGAUGUACUUUCAGCGUUGACAUUGCAAGAGUAGAUGAGAUGACAAGAAGGCAAGAGUACGGAAAAAUAAUUGAAUCUGACAAAAAGGUGUGUUGUUUUCUUCAAGAGUCACAUUUUGUUCCAGACACUAUCAUCAGCACAAACAACAUUAUAUUGGAAAAUUCAGAAGAUGUUGUCCUUCGGAUAACCAAUAAUUGCGAAACAAGCAAAGCUGCUUUUGAAAUCCUGUGCGAAGGCCAGUCGACCAGAAAGCAGGAUGGAACUAAGUCGGAGAUUCUUCCAAGGGCUUCUUGUGGCUUUGCACUUUGGCUUGAGGUCCAGCCGUCACUUGGUCUCAUUGAACCUGGAGAAACAAUGGAAGUUACUGUGCAUCAUGAAGACUUCUUCACACAAGAAGAAUUUGUCGACGGAGUCAUGCAAAACUGGUGGUGUGAAGCCACCACAGAUAUGGAGGCUGUUCUUUUGGUUAAUGUCACAGGGAGCACCUCGACUGAGAUCAUCACACACAGGAUCAAUGUCCGUCAUUGCUGCCCGGCGCCCUCAGCACCCCUUCCCCUCAACCCACCCUCCAUUACCGAUGCACACAUUGAUGCUGUGUCAGGUGAAGCUUCUGGCAGACGUUGUUCCAAGAAUAGCCAGUCGAAUCAUUUACAACGUUCUGACUUUACACACUUUGGCAGCUCAGAGGUGCACGACCUGUGCGGUACGCGAAACAUGGAAAAAUGAGUCCAUUUUCUUUUGUUUGGUGUUGUAGUUCUAAGUGUCUAGCGGGUGGAAUCUUCGGGAGAAGUUGCUCUGCUCUUAAUUCUGUAGAUAUGCGCCCCUGACCUCUCACCAUUCUUUGCAACAAAAAAAAAGAGAGAGUGCAUAGUUACUAGCAAUUACCUGUACCUAAAUUUUAUAUUUUCUUUUUGCUUUCAAGUAGUACGUGUGGUAUUACAAUUAUCUUGUUAGAGAGUAUAGUAUAAUUGUAUAAAGGAAGUUGUGAGUUUUGACUGAUCAAUAGUCUGUAUAACAAAGGCUGUAUUACGUGUAUUUUUUACAGGACAGUCUCCUUGGUUAAUGAGGGUGCAAUUUUGUGCAACAGAA